AUGGUGACAAGUGCACAGUGGCUGUUUUUAUUCGGAAUCACCGUAACCCAAUUUUCUGUUUCGGUAACGCAAGAGAAAGACACCCGCGAGAGAAGGCCCCAGUCGGUCCGCGACAUUUUGAACAGCACCUCCUGUAUUCCGGCACCGUUCAGGUGUCCACAUCCACAGAUGGAGUUUUACCUCUACACCAGAAAUACACAAGAGAAGGGGGAGCUAAUAAAUACCUUGGAUAACGAUUCAUUGACGUAUUCAAGAUUUAAUACGAAACAUCCAACGAAGAUAGUCGUCCAUGGUUUCGGUGGUGGCAGAAACCUUUCGCCUAGCACCGACAUGAGGAACGCAUAUUUCAAGCGAGGAAAUUACAACAUUAUUAUAGUGGAUUACGGCAGCCUAGUCAAAGAACCUUGCCUCAGUCAGAUAGAGUGGGCUCCUCGUUUUGCGAGCAUGUGCAUAGCACAACUCGUGGAUUACCUGCAGUACCAUCCCGUAAAAGCAGUGGCACCAGAAAGAAUGCAUACGAUCGGAUACAGUGUUGGUGCACACAUUCUUGGUCUCGUAGCAAACCAUCUUACUGAUGGAAAACUGGGAAGGAUCACUGGUUUAGACCCGACCAUUUUCUUUUACAUGGGAAACAAUCGCUCUCGAGACUUAGAUCACACGGAUGCUUUAUUUGUUGAUAUCUUACACACGGGUGCCGGGAUUUUGGGGCAAUGGGGUCCCAAUGGUCACGCUGAUUUUUAUGUCAAUGGAGGCUCUAGCCAACCUGGAUGCGCACAUGAUACUAUUUUUCAAACACUUUCCUGCGACCACACAAAAGUGACUCCAUACUUUAUAGAGUCGAUUAAUAGUCCAGUGGGUUUCUGGGCCGGGCCUUGUCCAAAUCUCUUCUCAUAUCUAAUUGGUUGGUGUGAACCUAAGGACACCGAAUAUGUCCUAAUGGGAGAGCAUGUAACACACAGAGCGCGUGGCGUGUAUUACGUGACAACGAAUGCCAAACCACCAUACGCACGAGGCUUCCCUGGUAAAACAAGGCGCCUGAGAUCCGUCACGCCAUACAGU